GGACAUCCGGACGUGACAUAAACUCCGCAUCAUCUUUACGGACCAGAUACCCCACACACAUUGCCGUUCUGGUGCUUGAGCAGAGCAGGUCUGAAUCCUGGUGCUGAUCGGAACCAGAAGGCAUGAUGUGGCUGAUCGUGCUGGCCGGCUUCCUUCACUGCGCCUUUGCCUAUGAUGUGGACCUGAAGAGGCUGGAGGGGCUGGCGAGGGCGAGAGUCGAGUCGUGUGGUGGAUGACAGCUGAACAGGCUCGGAGAGGUCAAAGCCUUCGUGGUUGAUGAUAUUCCUCUCUAUCACAACCUGGUGAUGAAGCACAUCGCUGGGGCUGAUCCUGAGCUUGUCCUUCUAGACCACUACCAUAAAGAGCUGGAUCGGGUCCCUCUGUCCGACAUGUCCCGCUCUGAGAUCAACAAGUUGCUGGGAAAACUCGGCUUCUACAAGAAGGCUCAGGCCCAGGACAAGGUGCCAGAGGAGUUCCAGUUCUCUCCUGCCAAAGACAGCCCAUUUAAAGCCACAGAUGGCAAAUCUGACUCACAGGGUCAGCACUCUGAUCUCUAACCAAUCAGAGAGGAGAAAAGUAGGAAUCUCACAGAACUACUACGCCCUUAAGCUGCUCCAUGAUCUGCUGCUUUACUGCAGUUUAUAACAGAAAUGUUUGUCACCUUUAAAAUCAGAGCAGCCAAUCAUGAAUCAGCUUUAAGGCGAGGACAGAAUCUUAGCAUCAGCAAAAAGGCCUUUAAAAGGUCUGUAGUCUGAUUUUGCACAUCUCCUUUUUGCUGUUUGUUCUUUGUUUUGCAGCGUUAAUAUUCCAACAGGCUACUUUGUGAGUGCUUUUCUACUCCCCACACAGAGAUUGGAAGUGUGAGUUUUAUUUUAUGGUGUCUUUACGACUCAGCCUCACUUGACUUCUCCUGUGUGUCUGAAUGUUUCCGACCUGCUGUGAAACUGAAUGAAGCCUCAGGCUGAAACCGUCUGACUGGCCUGAGGUUGAUGCUACGUGUUCUGGCAGGUCGGAGUGAUGCACACAAGAGGAGUCAAGUGGAAGGGUUGUAAAAGUGGGAAAUAAUAAAAUUAAAAAUUAAAA